AUUUCCGAUGAUAAGUUUCUUGAUGGUCCUUCCGCUGCUUAUAUUUCAGAGUUCUCUUCUCCACCAUCCUUCUCUAUGAAUGCUUGACUACUUUUUCUCUUUUUCUGAUUUUCUGAUUCUCCUCCAGAUGACUGUUUCCUCUUUGAGAGAUUAGGAGAGAUUUAGACUUUUCUGGUUCUGGGGGUUACCUUUUUCCAAGAUUUUGUCUAUGUGAUAAUAAUGGACCCUAAGUUUACUGAAUUCUCUGACUAUAUAAAUGAUUUCAAAGUUGAAGAAGAAGAAGAAGAUACAAUUUUGACCAAUUCUAUUCAGUACCCGAGUCUCACAAUCACAGAUGGGAUCAACUUCAAUGUUCCCUCUCCUGAUCUUAGUUUCUUGGAUGUCCCGUUUAUUGUCCCCAAUUCAGAAUCUGCUAGUUUUCCUCCAUCUGUUUGUGUUAGCUCUGAUGAGGGCAUGCUCUCGGCUUCCAUGGGUUGGACCCCAGAGGAACACUCUCCUUCUCCCAGUGAUGACAGUGAUUCCUCAGAUCCAGUUCUCAAGUACAUAAGCCAGAUGCUUAUGGAAGAUGGCAUGGAGGAUAAGCCCUGUGAAUUCCCAUUGGAUCUAGGAGACACUGAGAAAUUGUUGUAUGAAGUGCUAGGAGGUCCCCAUCCUCCUCUAAUUAAUCAACCCCAACUCUCUCUAAACCAGCAUGCAGAGAGCCCAGAGAGUAAUAUAUCUGGUACCAGUAUUGAUUAUGGUGGUAAUAGCAAUUCUACUACUAGCCCCAGUACCGGUAUUGGGACUGACAAUCUGUGGGUUGGCGAUGUUGGAGAUUAUAGUCUUCCCUUAUUGCAAGCUCCCCUUCCUAGUGACUCUGAGUUUCAGUCAAAUCCAAAGCCGCAAGAUUCACAGUUUUCUUGUCACUCAACUAGUAGUUUUGGUAACAUCAAAGAUGGGCUGAUGGAAUCCUCUGCCGUUCAGUUUAUGGUUAAGAAUAUCUUCAGUGAUGAGGAAUCCAUCUUACAGUUCAAGAGAGGAUUUGAGGAAGCCAGUAAGUUCCUUCCCAGUGCUAAUCAGCUGAUUAUUGAUGUAGAGAGCAGCACAUUUGCCAUGAAUAGAAAGGACAAGGUUUCUAAUGUGAUAGUUGAGCAGGAGAAGAAAGUGAGCCAGCAGUCAACUGAUGGUUCGAGGGGUAGAAAGAAUCAUGAACGUGAAGACAGAGGUUCAGAGGAAGAGAGAAGCACCAAGCAAUCAGCAGUUCACGUGGAAGAAAAUGAACUAUCUGAAAUGUUUGAUAAGGUUUUGCUUUGUACUGAUGAGUGUCCCUUCAUUGAAGCUCUUCACCAUGAAAUAAGCAAUGACUUGCAUAAAGAUGGACAGGGCAAUGAGUCUAAGACUCAUUCCAAAAGACAGAACAAGAAGCAAGAAACAGCCGAUUUAAGGACUCUUCUGAUUCUCUGUGCACAAGCUGUCUCUGCUUAUGAUUGCAGAACUGCUGGUGAGCUACUAAAGCAGAUUAGGGAGCACUCUUCCCCUUCUGGCAAUGGGUCACAGAGGGUGGCCCAUUACUUUGCCAAUGGCCUGGAGGCACGCUUGAAUGGAAGUGUGACUGGAGUUCAAAAUUUUUUCAGUACCUUAACUUCCAAGAAGACAACAGCUGCUGAUAUAUUGAAAGCUUACAGGGUUCAACUUACUGCAAGUCCAUUUAAGUGGUUGGCAAUUGCCUUUGCCAACAAAAUGAUCUGCCAAACUUCUAAGAAAGCAACAGCCCUUCAUAUUAUAGACUUUGGUAUCCUAUGUGGUUUCCAGUGGCCAAUUCUUAUUCAACAUCUUGCCACGAGAGAUGGUGGGCCUCCCAAGCUACGCAUUACUGGAAUAGAGCUUCCCCAACGAGGCUUCAGACCAGCAGAAAGAAUUGAGGAGACUGGUCAUCGCUUGGCAUGGUAUUGUGAGCGGUAUAAUGUUCCUUUUGAGUACAACCCCAUAGCAGUGCAGAACUGGGAAACUAUCCAACUGGAGGACCUUAAGAUUGAUAGGAAUGAGGUGCUUGCUGUGAAUAAUCUUUAUCGGUUUAAGAAUCUCCUCGAUGAGACAACAGUAGUGGACUGUCCAAGGGAUGCUGUUUUAAAAUUAAUCAGAAAAAUUAACCCUGAUAUUUUUGUUCAUUCUGUUGUUAAUGGAUCAUUCACUGCCCCCUUCUUCAUGAUGAGGUUUAGGGAGGUACUUUUCCAUUACUCUGCAAUUUUUGACAUGUUGGAUACUACCACAUCGCAUGAAGAGCCAGGAAGAUUGAUGCUUGAAGAGGGUUUUUUUGGGCGCGAAGCAAUGAAUGCUGUAGCAUGUGAAGGCAUCCAGAGGGUUGAGAGGGCAGAGCCAUAUAAGCAGUGGCAGGUGCGAAAUAUAAAAGCAGGGUUCAAGCCACUUCCACUGAACCAGGAGUUGAUGCACAUAUUUAGGGUUAAGUUGAAGUCUAAAUACCACAAGGACUUCAUACUUGAUGAAGAUGGUCACUGGAUGCUGCAGGGAUGGAAGGGCAGGAUUCUUUUUGCUUCCUCCUGUUGGGUACCUGCAUAGGGGGCCUGCCUAGCAUGUUAGUUAGAAACUAAUACCAGUCAACUCCAAGUUUCUUACAUGACCAUACAGGCCUGGUUAAUCACAAAAAUGGACUAAGAUAAUGCAUGGUGUGGCUUGCCUUCCUGUCAAAGAACCUCACGGUGUUCAGCAGAUUAAAGUCUUAGGCUUUGUUUGCCAUAUUUUCUGUACAUUAACUAAGGAUUUUAAUAGAUUAAUGCUCUAGACUUAUUGCCAUGCUCUGAAGCAUCAUUAUCUCGUGUUUUUAAUGGUGGAAGUAUGAAUGUAAAACCUCCCUGGCAAAGUAAAGCUCUGGAGAAAUCUACGAUCCUGUUUUAUACAGACUAAUUAAAAUAAAUGUCUAUUGCUUCU